AUUUUUUUAUAAUGAUUAUGAAAAUCAAACUGAUAAUUGAAGCAUAUUACAAAGAAUAAAUGAAAUAUCUUAUUUGAAUUUAAAAGCAAGGCAAAUACAGAAGCAUGUAUUUAUCAUUUAUCGGCUUGCAAAACAAAAGACAGCUGUAAGGUUUCAACAAAGGAGGGAAUUGAAUGAACACAAGGUGCACUACAUGUCCUCGUCACUGUGUGAGGACGGGAGUUCCGAAGGAGAGUUGUUUAUUUACAAAUUGAGUUUUUCGUGUCUUGUCUGGCAUCUGGUGAUUGCUGUUGGUUGCCUUAUCGCAUUCAGAUACGUAUAUUAUAAAAAUCUGCUUUAAUUCGUUUUUUCACUUAAAACUACCCAUGCCACAAUCGUUACAAGAUCUCUAGUGCUAUUCAUGCCUGGUCUUAGCAAACAGAGGCUGGAUCAUGUCCAUAAACCCGUUCACGCCUCCCGUCGUUAAGAGACUGCUGCACUGGAAGAAGAGUGACGGCGAGGAUAAGUGGUCCGAGAAGGCCGUCAAGAGCCUGAUCAAGCGCCUGAAGAAGUGUCCCGGCUCGGUGGAGGAGCUGGAGCGGGCCAUCUCUGGCCAGGAUCCGUCCACCAAGUGCAUCACCAUACCGAGGUCCCUAGACGGCCGGCUACAGGUCUCUGAGAAGAAAGGCCUGCCUCACGUCAUCUAUUGCCGACUGUGGCGCUUCCCGGACCUACAGUCGCACCACGAGCUGAAACCCAUCGAGCACUGCCAGUUCUCCUUCACAUCCAAAAAGGACGAGGUCUGCGUCAACCCGUACCACUACCUGCGGACACAGGCGCUCGCGCUGCCCGCCGUUCUGGUGCCGAAGCGCGACCCGAGCGAGUUUCCGCCGCAGCCGCCGGCCGUGGACGAGCUGUCGCUGCUGCCCCCGGAGAACGCCCAGAUGACGUCACCGAUGGAGCAGGUGGCGCCCACCGAGUCGCCGGCCACCUCGGUGCCCGACUCGCCGCCGGCCUCGUUCAUGUCAGAGGACGGCGACAACAGCGACAGGAACGACAGCGUGCUGCCGUCGCCGCCGCCGCCGGUAGUGGCGCCCGACGCCCAGCCGGUCACCUACUGCGAGCCCACCUUCUGGUGUUCGGUCAGCUACUACGAGCUGUCGAGCCGCGUCGGCGAGACGUUCCACGCCUCCCAGCCGAGCCUGACCGUGGACGGCUUCACGGACCCGAGCAGCUCGGACCGCUUCUGCCUGGGCCUGCUGAGCAACAUCAACCGCAACCCGGUGGUGGAGCAGACGCGGCGCAACAUCGGACACGGCGUCCGCUUCUACUACAUCGGCGGUGAGGUGUUUGCCGAGUGUCUGAGCGAGUCGGCCAUCUUUGUCCAGUCACCCAACUGUAACCACCGGUUCGGCUGGCACCCGGCCACUGUCUGCAAAAUACCGCCCAAGUGUAACCUGAAGAUCUUCAACAACCUCGAGUUCGCCGCCAUGCUGGCCCAGUCGGUGAACCAGGGCUUCGAGGCCGUCUACAGCCUGACGCGCAUGUGUACCAUUCGGAUCAGCUUCGUCAAGGGCUGGGGCGCCGAGUACCGGCGGCAGAUCGUCACCUCGACGCCCUGCUGGAUCGAGCUGCACCUGAACGGACCGCUGCAGUGGCUGGACCGGGUGCUUACACAGAUGGGCUCGCCGCACCUGCCCUGCUCGUCCAUGUCGUAGGCGAGCAGACCGCCUGUCGACCCAGCUGAGAGCGAGUCACCGGUCUGUGGAGCUGCGAGACUGAGUCGCUGCGGCAGACAGCGCCGCCGGGCUGGUCUGUCGGCGGGACGGGCACUGCCGGACUGAUCUGCGGAGAAUGUCGGGGCCCGUCUGCUAUUGCAGCGGAUACCAGGGCCGUCUGCUUUAGCAGUGGAUUCGUGGGCCCGUCUGCUCGUAAAGCGGAUACUGCGGCCCAUUUUUACUUCUACAGUGGCCGCUGCGGGCCCUUCUGCUUUUACAGCGGAUACCACGCUGCCACAGUGAAUACCAAGCCCCCUUAUCUGCUGUCACAGUGGAUAUAGUUGACUCGUCCGCUGCUACAGCGGAUAGUACGGCCCGGUCGUCUCUUACAGCGGAUAUCGCGGGCAGGAGGACCGCGGGACGGAACUGCAGGGACUGAGAAGGCAGCUGAGUGAGAAACGACCGAGCCCAGUCCACCAGCGAGUGAACGCGGCACAGAAAUAUCGGGCGUGGUAACAUCCAGGGCUGCGACUGACGUAAAUAUAACGCGCUAUCGACACAGUCAUACCCGGCGCUCGACCCUGGCACGGACGGUGGUGUGGGCAGUGGUCUGCCCUGAAGUGGACGGUGGUGCUUCGUUCUGACGUGAAUAUGGUGCGACUGGUGCUCUGAUCUGGUGCGACUGGUGUUCUGAGCUGGUGUGAAUGCCGACCGGAGUGUCGUGUGUGCCCCGGCACGGAACGCUAACAAUCAUGUAGGCUGCCGCCGCGGCGCCGCACGCGGCCGGCUCCGGCGGCAGCAGCCAACUCUCUGCAGGGACUCGGUGCUCACACUGCGCGCACCUCUCCCCACUCGCGCUUGCUGUGGCUUUUGCGCGGCGCUGGCGCCCAUCGCGCGAGCGCGACUCGCUUUGCUAUUGCUUGUGUUUCACCUGGACUGUCUUGUGUGCGCCGCGCUAUACUGCAUGUCGUGUAGAGACGCGCCGCGCGCCGGCAGCGUCCGUUAGGUCGGGGGGGGGGGGGAGACGGCCGGGGCGGAUGGCCCGGGUCGACUGUCCGACAGUGGGGACGUCUCCGCUGCGCCGGGGAAUGUGCGGGAACUGAGCGGCGGCCCGGCCGGCCGGCUCGGGCCGCCGCUGGAGGGCGGCUGUGAGAGAAGAGUGAUCCGGUCACUCGUGUGAGCGGCAGGGGGAGCGAUUCCUCCAUCUGACCUGGUGACCUGACCUGACCUGAGCUGACCUGAUGGACGGCGUGUAGAACGGAGUACCAAUACAGUCGGUAAUGUCUCCA